AUGCAGAACCCUGGGCUGUCCAUUCUCAACGCCGAAUUUUUCGACGAUGGUAUGUCGGGCUUUCGCGCACCAAGAAGUCUGCCUCCUGGGAAAUCUGGCCCCGACACCAGUGAUGAACCGAAACGAUCCUCCAAGAAACGGUCAAAAGCCCAGUCCGCGGAGGUAGCAGAACCCGACGACGGGGAAAAGAAACGGUCACGGGGAAGACCACGGCUAGACACUAAUGAUGAGACUGCAACGGACCGUCGUCGAACUCAAAUUCGGCUCGCACAGAGAGCCUACCGCAACCGCAAGGAAACGGCGAUCCAAUCGCUCGAGAAGAAGGUCGACGAGUUGAGACGCACCAAUGAAGAAAUGAGCAAAGAAUUCAUGAAGCUCUACGACUUCGCCGUUAGCAAAGGCAUGCAUGAGAGCACGCCCGAAUUUGGACGACAACUCCAAGCCACGACAGAAAAGUUUGUUUCCUUGGCACGAAAGACAAGCGAGGAGCCGGAAAGGGAAGGCGAUGUGUUUCCGAGUCAGGAAAAUGACGAAGUCGAGGAAGUUGGCGGUCCUGCUAGUGGACAAGAAACGGGAAAGGAAAAGUCGCCAUCUGCCGAGAUCGCUAAGCCGAUUGAACAAGUCAUAUACGAUGUACUCUCAAGCGAACGGCCGCAGCAGCAGCACCAGCUACAGUCGACACCUCGGACGCAUGCAAUGACUGCGGUGCAUACAACGUCUUGGGCGCCCGAUAGUCAGUCGCACAUGCCGCACUCGACACUAUCUCAGGCCCCCAUGGGCUACGAAAUUGUGACGGAGCCGACGCUGGACAAUGCUAGUUUUCCAUUCGGUAUGUCCUAUGAACAUAGUCUGGACCAACCAGGCACUUUCGAUCUACUCGCCAACCAGCCUUUUUCUGAAUCCCUAUUCAAUAUUAUCUCCUCGCCAACUUCUUAUGCCCACCAGGAGCGGACGUUUGGGCGACGUCUGCAACGGUCGACGCUGGAGAAGGCUUACACGUUGCUUCGCAUGCCUAACCCGCCGAGCAGCCUCAUCAACAGUGCUUUCGGUUUCAGUUUACUUUUCGAGCCCAAAGAGAGGAUCGUUGAGCGGAUAGCUAACCGUCUCAGUGUCAACCAACGGGAAACAAUGUUUAACUGGAAAUUUCCAUUUUUACACCUAGGGGGCGGGGGCACGUGGUUCGACGAGAUGAAUGAUUUGGACGAGAUGGCGUACCCGAGCGGCCACAAACAGAGGAACCCUGUGGGCAAUCAGGGAACGGCCGAGCCGAAUCGGCAAAAGGCCGACUCACUCUACGGGUUGGGACCGUGGGAUGCGCCGACGGAAGAGAUGCGGGACCUGAGAGUGGAGCGGACCGCCGCGAGACUUCGCAUGAACGUUCCGGGCCUCCAAGGCGACUUUUACGAUGCGGAUGAGGUUGAAUGGGUUCUGCGGAGACGCGGAGUCGAUAUCCCCGCCGCCGCGGAUUUUGUCACAGCUGAGAUCGAUCCGGCAGACUUUUCGGACGAGACGGCAAUGGCUGGACGCGCUUUAGGCAGCGGAUUGGAUGGCGGCAGCAGCAGCAGCAGCACAAACAAUGCCUCUGAUAUCCUGAGCAGUUAUGGGACAAGCCCUGGUGACGCUGCUGCGAGGCAAUGGCUUGGGCAGACCUUGAAGCCGACGAGGCCGGCUGAUGUUCAUUUGGGCGAAACGCGAUCUGUUGCGCAGUCCGGCGACGCAGCGUCUAUUCAGAUGCCUCUGGAUCCGAGUCUUGCGGGUGAUAUGUUUGGGCUUGAGAGCACUUCUACCAACCAGAAUACGAACCCCCCAGGUUCAAAACGGAGAGCGGUGACGAUUAAUGUAGGGGUGCUUGUUCAAGAAAUCGGAUUGAAGUCGGUUUGCCUGGGACGAUCACCUGGGAUCCGGCCGAGAGAUUUAAAUGUUGCAUUUUGGGCAUCAUUGACUACGUAA